AUGCCUAGCUCAAGCCGCCAGGACAGCUACGAGACUGUCUUGAACCGAACGAGCGCGGUCAUCAAGGACAUUCUUUACAGACUGAUUGACCUUUCCCGCUCGCGUGAGGCCAUCACCGAGCGAGAAGUGAUGACAAACAUCAUGCUGGCAGCUCUAAAUGAGAUUUUCCCUAUGUUUGAGCAUAUCAAGUGCCUUGCAUUCGUAACUAAGUGUGGCGAGCCGAACAGCGACCUAGCUCGCGAAUUCGGCGUUGAAUACCUUGCUGGUGACUUCCUAGUUGAAGUUGACGAGGUUGUUGAGAGCCUGAGAAACGUUCGCUCUUGGCUCAUUACUGGCGUUAUUACUCCUGCGGGCAUGAUUGAUGCCCUGUAUGGUCUCCUCGGCUCCCUGCCUUUCUAG